UUUUUUUUUUUACGCUGACGAGUGGGCUUUGUCUGGGGUUAAUCACAUUUAUAUAAAUUUGUUUUUGUUUGGACUUUUUUUGAUAGAUAAUUUGUUUGGCAUGUUACCUUCUUACACCAGCUAGGGUUUCAUUCCUCUCAAAGAUUGUUAUGCGACAAAGGAGCGCUUUCUCAUCCAAUGAAUUCAAUUUUGAAACUCAUCUCUUCGACUCCUCCGAACACGUUCGAUGCCGCUGAAACGAUUUCACUUUCUAUAACCCUUCUCCAGGCUCCAUUAUAUAAAGGUCUUCUAAGAAGAACUUCUCAGUUCGUUGUUGUUGUUGGUCGUCUCAUCCGUUGGGAUUCCUGAAACAUCAAGAAGAAUGGAGAGUUCAUGGGGAUCACGAUUCUCCUCCUCGAUGAAUUGAUGUUGCAGGUGAAAUACACUCCGUCCAGGGGCUGAUCUCAGGAACAAUGCAGCAAAUUGUGGUUCGCCUCUUAAUCGAACCGGAUGUAACUGUCUACUUGUCUUUGUGGGACGAGGCUACAUCAACCUUUAGUGGUCUCUUGAAAAGAGGGGAUAAAUCCCAGUCUGUGAUGUUGGUGGUGACUACGGUUAAUCCAAAACUAUUUGGAGGGAACCUAUACUUAACCUCCACACCAGGGGAUAUGUUCGUUUUUGACACCAGCCUCUCUGAAAUUACAAAGUUUGUCAGCAGGCUGAAAACGGUGGAGAGGAAAAUCUCCCAAGCUGCCUUGAAGAGCUAACUGAGAAGGAGUUUGUGUUCCAGAUCCGUGUCACACCUUUAAACUUCACACCCAACCACCGUAUUUUCACUGUCCCCACCAUCACUGAAGAUACCAUCUUAGGGACCCAUGGCAAGAUUGUCCUAUUUUACUUGUCGAUAUGUUUAUUGUUUGGACCUUUUGUUUAAAGCUGACGUUCAUGUAUCUCACAAGCACUGUGAGAAUAUUCUUCCAAACAGUAAAGUUGACGUAGGAUUGGAAGCAUCACCUUCGGGCCGUCUGUUUUGGGUGAGAAUGUCAGGGAGGAAUGUGCUACAGCUGAUCCUCCAUAGAUUUCAGCCGCUCAGAACAACUGCAAGCGCCGCCGUGCGUGAAUGGAAUGAUCUAUUCCUAUCAGCCCGUCAACCGUUUUGUCUAUGCAUUUUAAAAAAAACUACUAUUACUUUUGUUUUCCAUGUUAAACUUUAGAUAUUUUUCCCUUGGAUGUUUGUUUAUGUUCGGAUAUUUAAUUUUGAUUUGUAUUACUAAUGAAAUGUUGAUGGGUUCUAAUUGAUACAAGAUUUGGCA